GUCGCAGUGAGUUGGCUGUUAGUGAGAGGACAGAGCACUCAGUCUGCGAUUAAAGGGAUCAGACGCAUCAUGGAAGAAUGAAACCUCAGAAACCUCCUGCUGAGAGAUUCUUACAUCAACGCCGCGGUCGGCGAGUAUCAGGAGCUCCCCAGACCUGAACCCAAAGAUGCUGCUGCAGAGAAGGACGAUAAACUCAGGAAUCCUGAACAUCGCUCUGAGACUCGCUCUCACUCAGCCUGCUGUUAAAGUUGAGACAGAGGAACCCAGCUGUCCUCGAGGCUGGGUGAUGUUCGCCUCCAGCUGUUACUUCAUUUCCUCUCAGCAGAGAAACUGGGACGACAGCCGGAGGGACUGCUUGCAGAGAGGCACCGACCUGGUGGUCAUCAACAGCAGACUGGAACAGGAAAGUUGCAGUGGGCCAGGGGACAGCCUGAUGGAGCGUUCGGGGGAGAGGACUGUGGCGACCUUCGCACAAUGGUCACUUUUAUUGGCUUGA